CACUUAUCUGUCAUUUGAAAAAACAAUUCACUGUUUAGAAAGAUCUUGUUUGAAUUCAAAUUCUUGAUUCUAUUUUCGAAAUUGUACAGUAGUUCACAGUUGUGUUAUUGUUUUAGAGAUACUUUAGAUAUUUUAUUAAAAUGCCCAAACGAAGAAGAUUAACACCAAUGAAAAGUAAAAAUAAAAUAACGACACCCGCAAAGAACAGAGAUGUAGAUGAGCAAAAAGAACAAGAGGUGAAUACUGCAAGAGGAAGGCUUAAGGGCGCUCUGAUGGGAAUGAUGGAGCCACCCGUGGAGGAAUCUGACAAUUCUUCCGACUUCGCUCCAGCUAAAAGAGAGAAAAAAGUCAGUAGCCAUGAGUCCUCUGACGAAGAAGACUCCCAAAAUGGUGUGCUUCGACAAUCCUAUGUGCUCAAGUUGUUUGAUAGAAGUGUGGAACUGUCACAAUUCAGUGAGGACACCCCUCUGUACCCCAUUUGUAGAGCGUGGAUUGUCAACCAGCCGAGAGCCGAUUAUAAGAAGUUUGCCAAUAAAGAGGACAAAGAAGAGAAGCCAGUAGAUGGAGUGGAACUGCCAGGACCUGAAGGUCCAGUCGUCUCCAGAAUACCACAGCUUUUGCCAGAACAGUUAGCUGCUAAUAAAGACAACAUUAACUUGAAUUAUCGCGAGCCGGCGCCCGGGCGGGAGCAGCUGCUGCAGUGGCACGCGGGGCGCUGGGCGGGCGUGCGGCGCGCGUGGCUGGCGCAGGCGCGCCGCGUGCACCGCCGCUACGCCGCCGCGCAGAGCGUGCUCCAUAGGAUCAAUGUCAACGCUCUAUGAUCUGGGAAAGGGAUACACC